AUGGAAGGAUCGUACAGUUUCGCAGAUGGAGGUCCGCUCCCUCGCGGUGACCCAUAUGCGCAAGCAUACACUGCCAACGUGUCGAAACCACUUCACCACUAUGAGAGCCAGACCACACACGCUCACCCAGCAGGAGCCAUCUCCUCGCAACAACCCGCGACCAACGAUCUCUCGCAGAAGUUCAAGCCUCGUUUCGAGGAUGGAUCCGAGAUCAAGCUGGAGUUCAUGCCUUCUCUGGCUCGCAGAGCAGACCNNCAGGAUCUGCUUGACUACCUUCAGAAGCGCAAGAUCUCGUUUCACUUCCUCAACGACAUUGACGACUUCCUCAAGAGACACCCGGGACUCUUGAAGGCUUGUCCGAGUUGGUGCCACCAACUCAACACUCUGCCUCCUUUGCAAGCCUACCUCUUCUUUGUCAAGGGUUACUUGCGUCCUGCAAGAUACGUCGAUGGCGUGAGUAUUGAUAGCCCUUGGGUGCACAUGCUGCUUACUCUUUCCAACAGGNCUCUUCCAGCUCCAGAGGAUGGACAGAUCCCUGUUCGUCCAAUCUCACUGGAGCACCACUCUCACGAUCCCGAACUCUUCGAUCACAUCAGUGAUAUUGGUCAGUGCUUGGAACUUCUGGGUCAGUUGGAUGAGGGGGUUUGGCUACUAACCCAGGCGUACCACUCCGGUCAUCGCCUCACCAAGCAGCAGAUUCUCUUACUUACCAUGGCGACCUAUGCACAGCCCGUUGAUGCCCUCAAGUAUUAUGAGUAUUGCUAUCUGCCCAGCUUGUAUUCGAACAGGUACAUAAGCUGCUGUUAUCAGUGGAUUCAGAACCAAGCUAACAUGUACAAAGAAUUAUCCAGGAACACAGUUUGUUGA